UCCUCUUUUCUUUUCUUUUCUUUUCUUUACCAAGCGGAAGGGCACAGAAAGGGAGAGCUUUCACCGUCAGCGUGGUUCCUCGUUUCAAGUUUCUUCACAUUUUCGUUAACUUUCCGGCGACUUCCGGCCACUGCAAGCUCCGUUGAAGCUUAUUGUGCUUGCCGGAGUACCUUAAUGAUGCCAAUUCUGUAGCUCCAGGAAACACAAGCAUUCUUAUGUGCAUUAUAUCUGGACCUCCCUGUUAUUUCCCAGUAGAUGUCAUGUACACUGCUUUGGAGAUUGCAGAAGUAGCUAUGCUAUUGACUGAAGCAAAAGAUAACCAACUCCGUGAGAGCAAUAGCCAGAAGGUUCACCCACAACCCAUGGAAGAGGCCAUGAAUCAGAAACCCGAAGCUAUGGAAGCCCUUAUAUCAAAGCUUUUUGUUAACAUUUCUUCCCUUAAGUCUGCUUAUAUCCAGCUCCAAGGUGCUCAUACACCUUAUGAUCCUGAAAAGAUUCAAGCCGCAGACAAACUUGUAAUUUCUGAGCUGAAGAAACUAUCUGAGCUCAAGCACUUUUAUCGAGAAAACAAUCCCAAACCAGUAUGUGUUUCACCACAGGACUCACGCUUAGCUGCGGAGAUCCAAGAACAACAAAGCCUUCUAAAAACCUAUGAGGUUAUGGUCAAGAAAUUUCAGUCUGAAAUUCAGAACAAAGAUUCCGAGAUUCUUCAGUUGCAGCAGCAGAUUGAGGAAGCAAACCAGAAGAAGGUAAAACUGGAAAAGAACCUCAAGCUUCGAGGGCUAUCAAUGAAAGAAUCAGAAGGUUCUGCAGAUGAAAAUGGAAAUUUCCCUGUGGACUUGACCCCUGAUCUGUUUAUGUCAGCCGUGGAAGGCGCCUUUAAGGCAAUUCACGAUUUUUCCAAGCCUUUGAUUAACAUGAUGAAAGCAGCUGGCUGGGACCUUGAUGCUGCUGCUAACUCAGUUGAAUCAAACGUCGUCUAUGCAAAAAGAGCUCACAAGAAAUAUGCAUUCGAGUCCCACAUAUGCCAGAGAAUGUUUUGCGGCUUUCAGCAUGAAACUUUCUCAAUCAAAGCAGACGAUCUUGCACUUACAAAAGAGGAUUUCUUCCGGCAAUUCCUUUCGUUGAAGGACAUGGAUCCAUUAGACAUGCUAGGCCAAAAUCCAGAUUCCAUUUUUGGUAAAUUUUGCAGGAGCAAAUACCUACUAGUGGUUCACCCAAAGAUGGAGACCUCAUUCUUUGGAAAUUUAGAUCAGAGAAAUCAUGUGGCAGGAGGUGGACAUCCAAGAACCCCUUUCUACCAGGUUUUUCUUAAAUUGGCAAAGGCAAUCUGGCUCCUACACAGGUUGGCUUAUUCUUUUGAUCCCAGUGUAAAGGUAUUCCAGGUUAAAAGAGGAAACGAAUUCUCCGAGCUAUAUAUGGAUAGCGUGGUAAAAAAUUUGAUCAUAGACGAAAACGACCCAAAACCAAAAGUUGGCCUGAUGGUCAUGCCGGGUUUCCUGAUCGGAGGGACGAUAAUUCAGAGUCGAGUUUAUCUCUCAGGCGUCAAGGUUGCUGAAUAAACAAACAUGUUGAGCAGGUUGUGCAUCGAUCCGAAAAGAAUUGAGGCCUUUUAUGUGUUUGUUUAAUACAGGUUUUAUCUGUUUGUUGUAAUAUAUAGAGUUGCUAUUUUUCUGUAUUGCUGUUGUUGGGUUUUCUGGUGAAAGAACUCUUAGUCAUGCCCCUCUUCAUCAAGGUUCUACCUGCUUGCAUUAUGUAAUGUAUUCAUGUUUCAAAAGCAGAGAAAGUUCAAUUUACUAGGCUGGGUUCAAAAUAGCUUGGAACUUUAGGAUUGGUUUCAAUUAUUUUGGAAGACUUUUGAUCAAUUUCA